UUUAUCGACAGAACGUCACGGAAAUAUUUGCAUUUUGCAGUGACCUUGUUCUGGGUCUGUUUUUACACAAUUGUUUACUCUCUUGUCAACAAUUUAAAACACACUCACUCGCUCUGCGCUGGACCAUACGGGAGGUGUAGUGUGACAGUGAUUUGGCAACGGCAUACAGUGUGAGACAGCGAAGAGGAUGAAUGACAUGCUUUACAAGUGAGGGCACGACGAGACCAUUUUUAAAAGUUACCUUUCAGGGUGGGAAUUUACAAAUUCACUGAAUCUCGGUGUUUUGCAACUAUCGGGACCGACUGUUAAAGCAACAAAAUGAACACAAGCGACGCCAAAGAGUACCUGUCGAAACGAGAAAUCCCUCAACUCUUUGAGAGCAUGCUGACAGGGCUGAUGUAUCACCGGCCCGAGGACCCACUGGGCUACCUGGAGAGCUGCCUGCAGAAAGCACGUGAGCUGGGCGGCCCUGAGAGGGUGCGCUGGGACACCUUCAUCACACAGGACCGUCGGCCCCUGCCACCCAUCAACGGGGGCCAGAGCAAGAAGACCGUCUUCAGAGCAGAGCCAGCCCCUCUAAGCCCCUAUAGGCGGUACGAACGCCUGCCUCCCAUCCAGGCUCAGUUCUCCAUCGAGAGUGACUCGGAUAUGACAGAAUCCACCGGACUCAUCCAGGAGUACGACGUCUUCGACCCCUCCAAACCACGGCCGGCCAUCAUCUUCGUCGUCGGCGGGCCGGGCAGCGGAAAAGGCACACAGACUGCCAAGAUGGCACAGCGCUACGGUUACGUGUGUGUCUCUGUGGGAGAGAUCCUGCGCAACCAGCUGCUGCAUCACGCCCCCAGCGACAGGAAGUGGGAGCUGAUCGCAAAAAUCAUCGCCAACGGAGAGCUCGCUCCCCAGGAGACGACGAUUGAGGAGCUGAAGCAGCAGUUCAUCAAGCAUCAGGAUGCGAAGGGCUUCAUCGUGGACGGCUUCCCACGAGAGAUCGCACAGGCCUUCACCUUCGAGGAGCAGAUCGGCUCUCCUGACCUGGUGGUGCUCCUGGCCUGUUCGAACCCUCAGCUGCGGCAGCGCCUGGAGAAGCGAGCAUCUCAGCAGGGUCGCCCUGACGACAACACCCACGCCAUCGAGAGGAGGCUGGAGACCUUCAAACAGAACAUCGGCCUCAUCGCCAAGUACUACCAGGAGAGGGCGCUCAUCGUGCGGAUCGAUGCUGAUCGGGAGGAGGGCGAUAUUUUCGCCGAUAUCAGUGCCACAGUCGAAGAGAGGCUGUUCCCCAAGGGAAUCGAAGCAGAAGGUUUUACAGACCCUGAUCCUAUGCAGGAGCAGUACGAAGAGGAAGAGGGCGAGUUUGACAAUGCCGAGGGGCAGGUUGAAGAAUUUCUACUCACAGAUCAGCUCAUCAUGGCAGAUAAACUGAAGAACAGCAAGAUCAUCUUUGUAGUUGGCGGUCCUGGCUCUGGCAAAGGCACCCAGUGUGAAAGGAUCGUCCAGAAGUAUGGCUACACCCACCUGUCCACCGGUGACCUGCUCAGGGCAGAGGUCAGCUCAGGCUCAGAGAGAGGCAAGAAGCUGUCCGCCAUCAUGGAGAAGGGCGAGCUUGUCCCCCUGGACACUGUUCUGGACAUGCUGAAGGACGCCAUGAUCGCCAAGGUUGACAUCUCCAAGGGCUUCCUGAUCGACGGGUAUCCCCGUGAGGUCAAGCAGGGAGAGGAGUUUGAGAAGAAGAUUGGCGCCCCCACUCUGCUGCUGUACAUUGAUGCCGGUGCUGAAACCAUGGUGAAGAGGCUUAUGAAGCGCGGAGAGACCAGCGGCCGCGUUGAUGACAACGAGGAGACCAUCAAGAAGCGCCUGGACACCUACUACAAGGCCACCGAGCCUGUCAUCGCCUUCUACGAGGGCCGUGGCAUCGUCAGGAAGAUGAAUGCAGAAGGCAGUGUGGAUGAUGUCUUUGGCCAGGUCUCCAAAGCCCUUGAUGCCUUGCAGUAAACCAGACGAGGAGGACGGGAGGAACCGCCUUUUCCAGGAACACAGUAAUGAGUCGGACUCAAUUCAGUGAAAGACCUUAAGAGACAAUCUUUGCCUUAUCGCAGCGACCCUAACCAUUGCACAAACCCUAAUCAAGAACUGCAAAACCGCAGCCACAAUAAAAAAUAAGCAUGCACACAUACACGCAGGGGGUUGAUUUUGGACUUUGGGCGUUUAUCUGCACAUCUGUAAUUAUUUAAGUGAAAAACGCAACCAUGAACAAAGAUAGACCAUAAGAAGUGAAGGAUUCCACCCCCCAACCCCCAACAAGACACAUUUUAACGUGAUGGUCGUGGAUUAUAUAGGUGGUGUGAAUAGGCUAUUAAAUGCCUGCAGAUGAGACAUGUUCAGUGUAUUGAUUACAAGCAAAAGGUACUCAGAUUGCUGCCACAGUCCUGAGCAUUUUAGUACUGCUGCUAAUUCAAAAUACUCUCUAUCUUUUCUUGUGUAGGUUCUCUCAUCAUGUCCUGUUUCUGUGGUCCCUGUUGUUGCUAUCUCAUUUGCUGUUCAUCUCAUCUCCUUCAGUCCUGUUCUGUUUUCAUUAAACAUUACCACUACCUAACUGACCCAA